AUGACGAGGCUCGGUCCGUUGACGUCGCAGGCGCUUGGCCGCUCCCCUUACGACAUCCUCGUGCUGGGCAAUGGCGAGGCCAACCCGCGCGAACCGCCGCAAGACUACGAUGAGCGUGGCCGGCCUGUCAAUGCAGAGACGAAGCGUAUCAACCGCAACAUUGUCCGGUCACACAAUGAGGUCAUGCAUGUGAUCGGCGUUGCCGAGCCGGACAGCCUUAUCACGGCCGAGUCCGAAUCGGACAACCAGCUGAUCCAGCAGCACCUUGAGGACAUGCUGGGCCGCAAGCUCUGGGACCCGGCUCGGGUGAUCGGCGCCCUGGGUGUUUGGGGUGCCGAGCCGCUGCGGCAGCGGGCGUUGCUUUAUACCCAAUUUUCCACUUACCCGCCUUGGAGGCACUUCCGGCAGGACUACGGUCUGCACCCCCUCUUCGAUAUUCUAUCCAGCGGCGUCCUGGCUAGCGUCGUGGAUCGUUUCCUGCGGCAUGCCUCCCUUGAGCGCAAGAGCAUCCGCGAGAACCUCUGGUCACUCUUCUCGUGUCUCCAACGACUCGCCAUCAUACCUGCAUUCCCUUGGCUUCCGGGACCGCUCUAUUUCGUUCCCUUCUCCAGUGAUUCGCCCAUUGCCCGUCCGCCGAUCCUUCCGACGUCGUACUCUUUCGGCGGCGUGGCGGAGUGGGUGGGACAGGUUCUGUUCUGCGUUGCACCCAUUGCCGUGUUUUACGGCUACACAGAACUCCGGGAGCAACUCUCACACCACCUCAACUACGCUAUCUAUGACACCCUGAAUACGCCUUCCAACCCGCCCCUGCAGCGGCCCGUGUCCGAGUUUAACCCGUAUACCGGCGAGCGCCGGUUGGCAGGGCUUCCUAAUGUCGAGGUGCUGCCUCCACGGCCACCAGUGCCUCCACCUCCGCCGCCACAACAGCAAACGCAAACACGGACACGACCUGCUGUCCCGCCGCCGCCGGCCGACAGCCAGCGCCUCUUGAGUGAAGGGGAUGAACAUAACGACAGCAACCGACGGAACGCCAUUGAUGGUGUCCAGGAUGCGGUGGCUGUUGAUGAAAGUGCAAACGAAAGAGCCGGCGAGGCGUCGGGUUCGUCUGAAACGACCCCGACCCAACAGCAGCACCGCACCUCGACGACGCCUCCGCCAGGCUCGCCGACAAACGCACCUCGUCGGCGGAAUACCGUGUCCAGUGGCGGGGGCGGUGAUGGCUACAUUAGCGAAGAGGAGGAGUUUGAGCUGAGCGCGACAUUGGUCAGUUUCGAUGUGGAGGCUGGGUCGGCGGGCGACGCACCGCCCAAUGCGUGGUCCGCCGAGCUCCGCCAGAGCGCCACGGUGAGCAUAGGUUACGAGGGCGACGGUUAUGGCCCCUUCGGUGGCAGCCCCUCACUCGGCACCUACCUCCGGGGUGUUUACUACCCAGGCGUUAACGCGCCGUUCAAUUCGGAUACGAUGUUGUCGAGGCUCCCGGCCGCCAUCUUGUCCGAUAACGCUGCGUCACUUGCCGCCAAGCUGUUGCUUGUCGACUGUGAAGCAGCCGUCGUGCGCCUCAUGGCCCGCGGCUACCGCUUGCAGCACGGCCAACGGGUGGACGACCUGUACGACCUCGGCACCGUGCCGUUUCCCUUUGUGCCGGGCGGGACGUUCUCGCUGAGCGCGGCAAACCACUACGCUAUGGCUAUCGUACUGGAGGCCGCUGUCAAGUCUGUCGGGGUCCUGGCUGCACUGGGCAUCUCGUGGCUCUACAGGGGUAGCCAGCAAGGCUGGAGCUUCAUGCGUGUGGUGCGGGAGAAGCUGAAAUUAUAUGGUGCACAGAAGCGCGAAAGCGAUCCUAUUGACGUCGUUUAG